AUGGAAAAACAGUAUAAACAAAUUCAAGAUGAAGAAUUUGGGACUUUAAAAUCAAUAUAUAUGGAAGACUUCAAAAACAACCCCGUUAAAUCAACUGCUUGGAAUAAACUACCUCCUCCAAGAUUUCAAAUCUUUUUGAAAUCUCAUGGCGAUAGAGAUCCAACCUUAUCUUUGAUCUUGGAGGUUCAAAUGACAUCAACCUAUCCACUAACCAUUCCAAUUUUCAAAAUAAUAACUCCCAAAAAUGUCCUAGCCUCCCAAAUCAAAUCAAUUGAAAAAACCAUCCACAAAAAAGCAACCCAACUAAAGGGUCAACAGAUGAUUUUUGAUAUUGCAGAAGAAAUAAAAGAAUUAUUGGAUCAAUAUCAAGAUAUAGCUAAAACAUCUUCACUAGAAGAAGAAAGAAUCAGUCGUUUAAAAAACAAGGAACUACAAAGACAAAAAGAAUUGGAAAAAAUUGAAAUCCAGUCUCAAAAAAAUAAAGAAUUGGAGAAACAAUACUUGAAAAAAAUGAGAGAAGACGAAUUAAAAAUUUCAAACUUAUCUUCUCUAAAUAACUCAAAGGAUGAUUUGAAACUUUUGGAUCAAUUAAAAUCAAAUGACUCAAUUUUAUUACCACCAAAAGAUUUAAUUCAAAAUGGUUCAGUAAAAGUUUUCAACAAACAAAUUGAAAUUAAAAACAAAUAUAUAAAAUUUCAAGCUGUCAAUAACCUUAUACUGAUAAAGUCUUCAGAUCUAUUAUCCUUUGGCAAACAGUAUAUUGUGAAACCUUAUAAAUACAUUAAAAAUGCUACAUCUUCUACAUUUGUUGUCAAAGACGAAGAAUUAAUCUUCAUGCUAACCGAAAUCAAUUUAAUAAAUAAAUACUGGACUACAAGCUCAGGUAAAAAAGAAAUUGAAAUACUAGAAGUCGAAUUGGAGAGCGUAGCAAAAUUGAAAAAUAAUGGUCUCUUAUCUACUCAUGCUGUUCAAAUCGAAAGAAUAGAUUACUCCACAAAUCCUAAUCAAAACUCUAUCAAUAACUAUUAUCUAAAGGUCAAAAUCUUAACUGAUUACAUUCCUAGAGGAACCCUAUAUGACUUAUUAUUAACCACCAACACUAUCAAUCUUAAAUUGGCAAGAUCUUGGUUAAUCCAGUUGAUUGAAGUCGUAGAUUUUUUACAAAAAAGUGGUCACAAUCAUAAAGCUCUUUGUUUGAAUUCAGUCUAUCUAGGUUCUAAUGAGGGAAAUUUUUUACCAACCAUUAAAUUAGCUCAUGGAUGUUAUGGUUAUCGAUUAAUCCAAAUGUUAAAUCAACAUCCCAAUGAUUUAAUUGAUUCAGAAAAUAAAGUUGAAAUUGUUCUAAAAAAUGAUAUCAACUCUGUUUGGAAAGCUCCAGAACUUCAAAAUAGACCUAAAGCUCAACCUCAAAGAAAAACAGACGUAUGGUAUUUAGGUUGUACAUUUGUUCAAAUGAUUAGUGGCAUCAAUGUUUAUUUAAAUUAUUCAAAUCCUGUUCAAUAUUUAGCAGCAGAAAACUUGGAUUCAACUGUUGAUGAAUUUUUAAACAAAGUCUUUCACAAAAAUCCAAGGAAAAGACUACUUCCUAUAGAAUGUUUCACUUGCACUUUUUUGAGAAAUGACUUUAGUAUGGAAAAUGAGAAUAGUUUUAAUGCUCUGUUUAGCCACAAUAAUAAAAACUUAUUGUCAGGAACAUCUUCUCGACAAAAUUCUAGAAGAGGAAGUGGUUAUUAUCUAUCUUCAUCAUCAAUAUCUUCUAUGCCACGAUAUUCCCGCUAUCAAAAUGAUUUUGAAGAAGUCGCCCUAUUGGGUCGUGGUGCAUAUGGUGAAGUUGUAAAAGCAAGAAAUCAUCUUGAUGGUAUGUUCUACGCAAUAAAAAAGAUUAGAGAACAGUCUCUUGAAGAUUCAUUUUUAACAGAAGUUUUAUUGAUUUCUAGAUUAAAUCAUCAAUAUGUUGUUAGAUAUUAUACAGCUUGGAUGGAAGAAAUUCCCCUUUAUUUGGACGAAAGUGCUAUUGAGACUGGGUCUGAAUCUGAUGAAGACUCUGAUUCCAGCUAUAAACAAAAGCUUAAAAAGCCCUCUGCUUUUAAUAGUAGAGACAAUAGUUUUACAUUGGAUUUUGUUUCCAAUUCUGUGCAAAAGCCACCUUCUCAUGCUUAUUCCAUUGGUGAUCAAAGUUUUACUGAUGAUUCUGAUCAAGAUUUUAACAGCGAUGAUGAAAAUUCAGUUGAAUUUGAUGACAAUGAUAGUAAAUAUGAUCAUAUCACUUUUGAAGAAGAUAAAAAUAAAAGAGUGAAAGGAGUUAUUUUGUAUAUACAAAUGGAAUAUUGUGAAAAGAAAACAUUGAAGGAUUUGAUUGAAAAUGAAGACUUGCCCCGAAAUAGUGAAAAAUAUUGGAAACUAUUUACUCAAAUCUUGGAAGGUUUGGAACAUAUACACUCACAAAACAUUAUACAUCGGGAUUUAAAACCGAUGAAUAUCUUUAUAGAUGAAAAUGAAAAUGUCAAAAUUGGUGAUUUUGGUUUAGCAAAAAAUGUGGUGCAUUCUGGCUCAAACAGUGGGGGCUUUAAACAAUCAUUGAAUCUUGAAGAUAUGACUUCUGAUGUUGGAACCGUAAUGUACAGUGCAAAUGAAGUGGCAGAUGGCAGCACCUAUAAUAGAAAAGUCGAUAUGUAUUCAUUAGGAAUUAUUUUUUUUGAAAUGGUUUAUAAAUUCAGUACUGCAAUGGAACGUGUUAGAAUUUUAAGAGAUUUAAGAACUGAAAAAGUAGUUUUUCCUAAAUCUUUCAAUUCAAAGAAAUUAUUAGUUGAAAAGGAGAUUAUUUUGUCGUUAUUAAGCCAUAAUCCUGAUGAAAGACCUGAUGCAACAACUUUGUUAAAAUCGAAUAAGAUUCCUAUUUCUAAAAGUCUUCAACAUGAUACUAUGCGUGAUAUUCUAUCAAAAUUAACUGACCCCAAAGCUCCAUGGCAACAAAGAGUAAGAGAAGCAUUUUUCACUCAGCCCUACGACAUUGAAAGGGACUUGAGAUUUGACAGCAUUAAAGAUACUCAUUUAUCUGGGUUUGACUUUAUAUUAAAAUCUCAAAUAAUUGAGGAGAUUACCAAAAUAUUCAGACUACAUGGUGCUUUGGAAAGUUUGAUCGAUACUACAGUGUUUCCAAGGUCCCCUUUAUAUGAUAAUCAAAAAAUAUAUGAAGUUUUAGAUAAAUCAGGAUCAUUACUUCAAUUGAGGUAUGAUUUGACAUUGCCAUUAGCCAAAUUAUUAUCCAAAAAAACAUUACCCAUUCAAAAGUUAUUCAGAUGUGAAUCAGUGUUUAGACUGAAUAAAGCUGGCGGUCGACCAUUCACAUAUAAGGAAAUUGAUUUUGAUAUUAUUACUAUUGAUUCAAGUGGGUUGCCAUUCAAUGAUGCAGAAUGCUUAAAGGUGAUAGAUGAAAUAAUAAGUAAACUACCGGCGUUUAAAAUGCAAAAUGUAUCUAUUAUAUUGAACCACUCUGAUAUCAUUGAUUCAAUUUUUGACCAUUUGUCUAUCAACCCAGCAAAAAGAUCAGCUGUAUUACAACGGUUAUCAAUUCUCGGUAUAUCCAAAAACAUUGAUGCUAUUAUUAAUGAGCUACAUUCACAACUCAACAUUUCGACUUCUGUGUUAAAUGAUCUCAAACUUUAUGAUUUUUCAAUUGAUGUUUUUAAUGCUAAAAAACGGUUGCAUAAGAUUAUGGUUGAUAGUCCUAGUUUGAACAAAAUUGAUAAUGCGUUUCAAUACAUUUCAAAAUUAUUAUCGUAUUUAAAGUUAUUUAAAAUUGGUAUGCCUGUUUAUAUUUCCCCGUUGAGUAACUAUGGUGCAAAGUUCUAUAAAGGUGGAAUAAUGUUUCAAAUUAUAUAUCAGACAAAAGAAAAGCGAUCCAAAUUAAUGACUAAAAAAGUUUUAGCAGCUGGAGGGCGAUAUGAUAGGUUGAUUUCAAACCUAGCUAAAUCAAGAAAUUCGAGAAUAAUUUCUUCUCAUGCUGUUGGGUUUAAUCUUUCUUGGGAAGUAAUAUUCAAUGUAAUGAAGAAUUAUUACAAGUCAAACAUGAGAAAUUUUAAUCUAAACCAAAAAAGUAACAACGGCAGCCAAUUAGUUCCAAAAAGAUGUGAUGUGUUGGUUUUAACUGAUGAAUUCUCAUUGAGUAUUGCGCCUGAAGUGUUAACAGGAUUAUGGGAAAAUGGUAUUUCAGCAGAUUUAUUGAGAGGUUGCACUACUAUUGAUGAUAUAAUUUCUGCAGCAAAAAUUGACGGAACAAAUAAUGUUGUUUCCAUUAGACAUCAACAAGGAUCUAGCACUGCUCAAAAAUCAACAUACAAGCCUUAUAGGCUUAAAGACUUGGAAAAUGGAAAUGAAAAUGAUUAUGAUAUAAAAACAUUGAUCUCUGUUUUGAAAUCCAAAAUUAUUCCUGUGAGGGAUGAAAAGAAAAAUGUUGUCCAAGACGACUUAUCAUUGUCAGAACUCUCCAACUCGCUUCAUGAACUUGAUGAGCCUCAAAUGACUACUCUACUGAAUAAAUUUGAAACAAUUGUCAAUGAUGCAUUGAAAGGUCGAAAAAAUCGAGGGAAAGUUGACAAAGAUUUGUUCAAGGCCACUAGUGAAGUGAAAACACUUUUUGAUGAGCUAUCGAAGGCAUCAGUCUUCAUUGUGGAUGUCAGAGAUUCUGUUGUUGAUAUGAUCUGCAUCACCUCGUUGGAUCUGUCAGAGGAAUGGAUGAGAAAGGUAGGAGGUGCUUCCAAUGCGACUUACAGGGGCCACUUAAGUAACAUAUACACUGCACUUUCUAGAGAAGCCAAUAGACAUGGAAAAUGGGCCAUUAUUUAUAACUCUAAGACUGAUAAAGCAGCAAUCUGUGAUUUACAAAGAUAG